AUGAAGUCAUCUGAUCCUUUUCCCAGGUCUGGGGCUAAUGAUGAUUUCCAUAUGAAUAUGAUUCGAGGAUUGUGUUUGGGAGAUAGGAAGUCAUGGCCGUGGUAUGGUCCUGAUCCAGAUUGGGAUAAGGAAUAUAUGAAAGCAGGAGGUGAAAAUUGGUUGCUGAUAGCCCCUCAUUGGUUUCCUUGUAGUGUAACAGGAAAGGUUUUAAAGGGAGCUAAGAAACACCUGGCUAAGAGAGAGGGAACUGUUGACAGUAAUACUAUUUGCUUUUCUAUAGAAGCCCCUCCUGAUAAUCUAUAUCCACCACCAACUGUGCCCCCUACCCAGUUAGCCCCAGGCCAUGCCCAACCACAACCCCCACCUCCCUAUAAAGCAAUGUAUCCUGCUGUACCUAAUGCCCCCUCAGAGGAUGAUAUAGAGGAUAUUUCUGUUGCUGCAGCUGUUAAUUCACAAUCACAGCAAUUACAGGAAUCAUCAUCUACACCAGAUUCUGAUAUAGAAUACCCACCGCCACCUCCUGGUACAGUUAAAUUAACAGUACAAACAGGAGUUAAACUUAAAAGUGGCAAGGUGUUAAAAUCAUAUGUACAUAAGCAAGAUGAUGAUGAUGUAGAGAUGCCAGAAUUAGAAGGUGCUGAUCUUACUGCCCCGUUUACGACUGUUGGUAAUCAGUUAAUAAUGAAACCCAUUAAUCCCGGAGUACUCAAGGAUAUUAUUCAAGGUGCCCCAAACCCCCGUACUAAUCCCUCUGCAUGCCUAAUGUAUCUGAAAAGAAUGUGUUUAGGACAGAACAUGACACAGAUAGACAUACAGUUAUUUAUAAAUGGAAUAUUAGGGUAUGAUUCAGAUUCUGGUUGGAAUUGGUCUAAUGUACCCUCUAUCAGUGAGACAGAUAACGGUACUGGAGUUGGAGUGGCUGGCAGUGAUGGUGUUUAUGAGCUUAGUACUUCAGCAGGAUGUGCUAAAAUGUGGGAUGAGGUGGAAGCUGAAAUGUUGAGAUUAUGGAAGAAUAAGCAGUCUAUAUCCACUGCUUUGGCAUGUAAGCAAGGUGCAAAGGAAGAGAUUGGUGUUUUU